UUUGUACGUCUACACCGUUUCAUACCGGAAAUGAAUAAAUAAUAAGAAAGGACAUCCAAUAUUUUUAUUAUUUUCAGCAAAAAUCAUGGAUUACGAACCAAAAGGACCAACGAAACAUAUGGGGGUGUCACCCUACCCAGUGUAUGGGAUAGUGUCAUCGUUGGGAACUCUAGCAAUAACCAUAAUCGCCGGCUAUUACCUCUUGACCAACCAAGGCGGAAGAUUUGACAUUGGGUGGUUGCUAACAAGUAUUACUCCAUAUAUGUGGGCAUGUACUGGUGUUGGUUUGGCCAUUUCACUGUCUGUUGUAGGAGCUGCUUGGGGAAUCUUCACAACAGGUGCUAGCAUUCUUGGUGGUGGAGUGAAAGCGCCUAGAAUAAAAACAAAGAAUUUGAUCAGCAUCAUUUUCUGUGAAGCUGUGGCCAUUUAUGGGAUCAUUAUGGCCAUUGUUAUAACUAACAAUAUUGGGGGUUUUGAUCAAGAAAUAGAUAAACCAGAAGUGAUAAAAGAUUCAUAUUAUGCUGGUUACAAGAUGUUUGCUGCUGGUCUGACAGUGGGUAUCUGCAACAUUGCUUGUGGUAUCUGUGUUGGUAUAGUUGGAUCUGGCGCUGCCCUAGCAGAUGCGCAGAGUGCGAGUCUCUUUGUUAAAAUCCUUAUCAUUGAAAUUUUUGGCAGCGCCAUUGGUCUCUUUGGUGUCAUUGUAUCAAUUUUACAGAUAGCCAGUGCAAAGUUGGGAUCUGACUAGUCAUUGAGUGCAGUUUGAAAAUCAGACUUCAAAGAGACAUUCCAUUACAACAUAAAAAGAUAAAAAAUCCAACAAACUUUUGUGUAUAGAGAUACUAAUACUAUAUGGCUGGACAGUCAAAGUGAUGACAAACUCGUGUAGUGGUAGAAAAGCAUAGAAAUCACAAGAAAUAUAACAGAAAAACACUGAUUGCUCUGGUUCUCUACUACUGUAAGGGAAUGAACAAAACAUUAGAGGUAUCCAGGGUCUUGAGUGAUCCAAACAUAGAAAUAAUUAGGAAAGCAGACAGGGUCCACAUUAACCUUUACCCUGCUAAAAUGUCUAAAAUGGACUGGUCCAUCAUUCAGUUUGGGCAGUACCAUUUAUUAUUCAAAGGAGUGUUCACUGAUAAUUUACUGACUGAACAUGGAACAGUGCAGACCAAGGUGAGCCUGCACGGAUGUUCAGAAUCACUUGCUGCCAGCAGGCUAAAGGUUAAUUGUUCAAACAAGCCCAAUGUGGCACAGUAUGCUUGAGCCAUCAAUGCUUGGCCCCUGUGCUUUUUGAUUAAAUAAUUUAUUUUUGUCUGUUCUAUACACAGUUUUUAUCCAGAUUUGAGUUAGUCUUUUUAUAAACAAAGAUGCACAUUUAUAUUGCUGUUAAGGAAUAGUGCAUUUCUCUUUAUAUUUUCUUAUAUUACUGUAAUAUCAGUUAUUUUUAUGAAGGAUUGAUUUUCACUGUAUUCACUGACUGUAUUAGCAAAAUUUAAUACACUUAAAAUUGCAGUUCAAUUGAAAGUCUUGUUAAUUACAAAAGUAAGCUGUUUGUCAUAAAUAUCCAAAAUUGCAGCCAUACUAUUAUUUAAAAGUAGCAAAUCCAGCGAAAAUUUACAGUUAAUAAAAAUGCAAGUUCACAUCUAAAAUAGUAUAUCUGUAUAGUGGAAGUACUUUGAACUGAAAAUAGAUUGUUCAACAGUUUGAUCCAUUAUCAUAUUGUUAUUGUGAAUCCGAUUUUACUUGUUAGUGUUGUGACACCAAAAUUUCGUGGUAGAAGACAGUUUGUAAAGUUACUUAAAAUUUUUGAUUUGAUACAAAUAUUGUUUCUGUAUUAAGAGCAACAUCCUGUAAUAGACCCAACUCUUUCACAGGAUGAAGUAAAUGAUAAAGGGAGGUAAUAGAUAUUCUGAUUUUAUUGGUUUCAGUUGAAAGUUAUAAGUAAUAUAUAUAUAAGUAACAGAAACCAUUUGGGGUGGUGGUCUUGAACAACAUUUUGUAUAGGGAACUAUUGUCAUUAAAAUGUGAGGUCAUAGGUUCAAAGCCCUGCUGGGCAUUGAAUUGUGUUUCGUAUACAACACCAGUACCAAUUUUUCCUGAGGAAUCUGACCCAAGAGACUCAAAUAAGUGUUGGGUUUUCUUUAGAGUUGAGCUAGAUAAAAUAUUUAACAUUAUACAGAGGUUAAUGAAAUCCAGAAUGUAAAAAAUUCUGUUCAUUUGUAGCAACCUUCAUUUUUAUACACAUUUACAUGUAUAUGUUUGUUGUAAUUGCUGUUUUUGGUGUAUCAGAGGUUCUAUUGUAACACAGAAAGUAAAGAAUUCAGCUUUGAAAAUCUUCAGGACAAAAUUGAAACCUCUUGUGGUAUUGAAUUAAGGCAAUUGGUAGACUAGUCUCAAUAUCAUAUCCAUUGUUUCAAGGUCUCACAUAUGUGUAGCAAGAUUUAUGUAUCUUUGUUUCUGUACCCUCAAUUUAUUUGUACAGUUUGUCAUUCAUUCAAAUAUAAUCAAGAAAUCGAAAGUAGAUUUAGAAAUUAUAAACAUCUGAAAACGAUUGAUACAAUAUCAGUUUGUUAAAACUUGUGGAUAAGUAAGUUGCCGUCUCUAUAUUUGUUCUAACUUAGUGACUGUAUCAGCAGAUUAUUUAGGAUUACAUCUCAUAUAGAGCAUCAGUUAUGUCACCUUGCUACUGUAGUAUAAGAUAUAUUCAUGUGACUGCAAGUUUCCAAAAACUAUAAAUAUUUGAGCUAUUUUAGGUUUAAAUUUUCAAGAAACUGUAAAUAUUUCUCAUAAAAGUAAUUUAAAUUGAGCUUUUGCAAAACCAAUAUUUGGAAAAUUAUCAAUUAAAAGCAUGAAAUUUUUGUAAGGUGUACUCUCACAAAUAUUUCUGUACCUACAGUGACUAAAGGCAAGAACGUACAGAUUAUAAAUGCAGAAUAGCAGAACUUUUUUGUUACAUCCUUCUUUUAUAUCAGUUGCCCGAAGAAGCUGUAAAUGAAAUGAUAAAAAAUAUUUUGGAUAAAUGCCAAGAUAUACUCUAUCAGAAAUUAGCAUUCUAUAUACUUGUAAUUGACUGCCUUUCUUAAAUACAUUGUAUAGCAUUUUUAGCUAAUCUGAUUUUUUGAAAAAAAAUGAUGAGUUAUUGUCAUUACUUGAGCAGUUGUCGGCGUCUGCGUCGGCGUUGCCUGGUUAAGUUUUAUGUUUAGGUCAACUUUUCUCCUAAACUAUCAAAGCUAUUGCUUUGAAACUUGGAAUACUUGUUCACCAUCAUAAGCUGACCCUGUAUAGCAAGAAACAUAACUCCAUCCUGCUUUUUGCAAGAUUUAUGGCCCCUUUAGGACUUAGAAAAUAUCAGAUUUCUAGGUUAAGUUUUAUGUUUAGGUCAACUUUUUUCCUAAACUAUCAAAGCUAUUGCUUUGAAACUUGGAAUACUUGUUCACCAUCAUAAGCAGACCCUGUACAUCAAGAAACAUAACUCCAUCCUGAUUUUUGCAAGAAUGAUUGCCCCUUUUGGACUUAGAAAAUCAGUUUUCUUGGUUGAGUAUUAUGUUUAAGUCAACUUUUCUCAUAAACUAUCAAAGCUAUUGCUUUAAAACUUGCAACAGUUUUUCACCAUCAUAAGCUGACACUAUACAUCAAGAAACAUAACUCCAUCCUGCUUUUUGCAAGAAUGAUGGCCCUUUUUAGACUUAGAAAAUCAUGGGUAGGACAAUAUUUCUAUUAUACAAAAAAAAAUCAGAUGAGCGUCAGCACCUGCAAGGCGGUGCUCUUGUUAUUUCUGUUUCAUAAACUAUUUUGUUUUCACAAAUUUCAGUUCAGUAGGUAAACAGAAUGUAUGUUGCUAGUAUGUUGUUUGUUUAGGCAUUUAUAUGAAAAUACGAUGUGUAGAAGGAGUAGUGUAAAUAAUUGUUUUUGUUUUUAUUGUGAUAAGUACAGGAAAUAUUAAAAAGAGAAGUUAGA